UAGACUAAUGAUAAAUAGCGAUUAAAGAAGUCUGAAUUUAUGUACAUAUACGCUCGUAACACUAUCUGUUAUCUUUCUUUUUUUGCACCCUUCCUCGCAUCCGUCAUUUGAUACGCUAGUCUCGAGUCGAGUACCUACAUAUUUUUUCGAUGUUCGCUGGUCGUGUAAUAUCACAGCUCGUUUGUAAACACGCGUACUGAGACCUGAUAAGUGUAUACUUUUGGUCCUUCAUAUUUUUUAAAAACAAAAAUUCUGUGAUUUUGCGUGAAAUCGUAUAAUUUGUUGCGUGUAAUUUCAUCGUUCUCUGUUCAUUUUAUGGACUUCACAUUUUGAGUUGGUUGUUGAUGGUCACAAAGAAUCGAAUAACUGAUAAAAAUGGAGCACAAUCCGACCGAAUUACGUUCACUGGCUGCGGAAUAUUCGUGUAUACAAUUGGUGUACGAAUGGUCCAGCUGUGAAAUGUCAGCAGUCGAUAUUUGGAAAAAGGAAAAAGACUACGGUACAUGCCCGGAUCACGAAUGGUUUCUUUGGCAACUGAACGAAAUGCAACUACCCGGAAGCCCAGUGAUCCCGAAUUUGGUUCUCGACCAAAUCGAAUGCCAUAUGAUGUCGAUUUUGAAGGAGGUGACUGACUGGAUCCGUUACCAUCAUCGUAAAAACUUCUUCCACGAUGAAUCGGCAUCUCCGUUGAAAGAAUACCUGCUUAAAUUAAUUUGGAAACCGGAUCGAUGCUGGAGUGGUCGAUCGAUCGACUACGCAGCUACUGCGAAAAACGUGUUGGCUGGCUCGACUUUUAACCCUAUGGAGAAGUACAGAUUCGCUUGUACGUAUUGUUUCCCGGAGGAUGUGCAGAAUUUGAGAGAAAUGGCCAAGGUAACGAUAGAUUGGUGUUUCGAAACCGAGCCUUUUCUGGUUUAUUGGAGUAAAUGCUUGGCCAAUCAGUUACAUACGAUACCAGUACCGGCGAACAAAUCAAUCGACGAGAUCAUGUUUGAUAAAGCUCUGAGCUACGAAUACUACCGUCUUUGGGUGCUCAUAAAGUACUUUUUUGAAAAAUUGAACUCCGGCGCUAGAUUAUUGCAGUGUCGGAAAGAUGUCUUGUUCAAUGAUGGAAGAUAUCAAAAAGAACUACUGUCUUUACUGAAUAAACGCGAAAAAAGGUCUGUGUACCGGGAUAUUUUUAGACACGUCAUUACAAAUUACGAAGGGGUAGGUGACUAUGAAAGUAUUCUACAGAUUUACACCGAAUUGAAGGGCAAGUUGAGUUUUAAGAAUUUGGCUGUAAUACUCGAAAAAUUGGCGUUUAGGUCGAUGGAAGGUCCUGAAUAUUUCAAUACACUGACACCGUUAUUAAUGGAAAUGUGGAACGAUGCCAUUUACAAGGAUAAACGUGAGGUAAUCUCAUUUGACUUACGAUCAAGUAUCCGCAGUAUCGCCGAAGGAUGGAAAGAUAUGAUCGUGGAAGGAAGAGAGUAUUAUUACAACAAUAGAGACAAAUUCCGCAAUCCUUUUGUGUUCAUUCGUGCCUUGGCUGUGGUGUACGAACCGCGAUAUUUCCUCAAGUCGAAUUUUUAUUGGUUGCGAAUCUGGCAACCGUUCGCUUCUGUACUCGAACUAAUCGACGAAUUUCAAUUCACAGCCGAAGAUAUCGAGGAAUUAAAGAAUGAUAUUCGACAGAAUCAAAUUUGUUGGGAAUAUUUGGCGUUUGGCAAGUUUGCUGAAUUUAGCAGUUUUGUAUCGUUUUGCUAUUCGGAUGAUCACGCGAACACUAUCUCGCAUCAGAGAGAAUUAUUAAUUGCUAAUUUGGGAAGUCUUAGUCAUGCUUUGAAGUACAUCGAUUGGAGAACAGUUCGCGAAUUCGUCAACAACCUCUUUCGCGACACCGACGACGGAUCCGUUGGUUCCUACACUACUCAACUGAUGCAAUACGUUUUAAAGGAAGGAAAGCAUGUUCUUAAUCUUAUGGAAAUGAUACAUCGGGAAGAAGCAAACAGCACCAGCAUCGUGGAAUGUAUUGAAGCUUUUGUGCCACACGACGACGAUUUAUCUCGAGCAAAGAAGACCCUCAGUGAUUUACUUUUCGAUUACCUUCAAAAUAAUUAUCAUUUCUAUUAUUAUUAUGAAUCUUUCAAUUUUAAGGAGACUCAGUUCGAAAAUAUGUUAAUUUGGUGUUGCGGAACCGAAACAGGUGUUGCUAAAUUUAAAGAGAAAAUCAACGUUUCGGAAUGUUUCGUUAAUCAGUUGCGUAGCUGCGUCGUCGUAGGAUACACUUUCGAAGCGAGUGAUUCGAUGGAGGAAUUCUUACAUUGGUAUUAUCCAAUCGAAAGUGAAAGGAAAGCUUUUAAAUUGGAAAUGAUUUACUCGUACGGUAAAUUUGAAGAAAUCAGGGAAUUGCUAAAAGAGAGAAGGUAUCGUCGACGUAUGUUGAAUUGGUUUUUUGAAAACGACGCUUAUAAAAUAAUGGAAUUUACUACUAAAAUAUACGUGUAGGUUAGUCAAUACGGCAGUGGAUGGUUAUACGCAUAUUCUUGAAUAUGUUAGUAAUAUUGUAAUGGAUAGGUAGUUUAUUUUAUCUGUGAUUUUAAAUCUUUUUUUAAAUAUUUAUUUUCACCAAUUCAGUUAUCGUAAUAAAUUUGGCGAUGUGUUUG